AUGAGCGACAGCGUCACCAUCUCUCUCCUCCCUGUCUCGCUCGCCCUCGUCCACCACAUCCUCCGCCAGAUCCUCAGACCCAAGACCAGCUUCCUAAAUAUCACCUGCAACGAGAUUGAGCUCAGCCUCUUCGCCGAGGGUCACGCGCUCAAGGAGUUUGAGAACAUCGCACGCAAGGACGUACGAAAGCUGCGCAGGAGAAGGGAGACGCAGAGCGCCAGCAGGCCAUGUCAGAGGGCACAGAGCAGGCGGCGCAGGCCCGACUGGGAGCCUAUAGAGGUGUCGUCCGACAGAUGGAGUGUCCUCCAGAUUGACUCGCAUUCUGACUCACUCGGCGACAAUUCUGGCGCGCGAGUGCGCGAAUUGUCGGCGCCUCUCGCCGCCGCGGGCAUCUCCAUCCUCUACCAGUCCUCGUACAUGAGCGACUUCAUCUUCGUAAAAUCCGCUCGCCUAUCCCAGGUGAUGUCUCUGCUUGCGACGGCAGGAUUUGACCUAUACUCGGACAACCCCGCCAACCUCACCGCGCAGCUAUCGACGUUCGCCUCGCCGCUGCUCUCGCCUACACAGGACGAUAUCUCGGUCUCCCUACUGGACCUCAACUCGCUGGGUCCAACAUCGGGCAGCACGCGGGUAGACCCAGGCGGAGGCGCGGUAUUCACUCGCUCACGCAGCAGCACCGACGCGACCAACAGUUCCUCGGGCAGCCGCGCACCUUCUAUCUUACAGAUGUCAAGCCCGCACGACUUCUCCCCCGGCCCGACCUCGCCCAUCUCGCCUCUCGCCUUCGACAUGCCCGUGCCGCCAUCAAGCGAGGGUGAUGCGGACGCAGAUGCAGAUGCAGACACUGAAGGCGACGACGUGCUGAUGAAGACGCCCGCACCAGGCCCUGCGCCAAGGCCGGCGAUGAGCCGCUCGCAGUCGCACUCCCCCUCGGGGUGCGACGUGAGCGUGCUCGUGCCGGACUUGACGUACGUCGGCCUGUCGGACGAGCAUGCGGAGAUGUGGGGGCUGAAGAUCGUCAAGCUCGUCGCGUACCCGGACCUCAUCGCUGGUGCAGGCACGGGGCACUCGAGCUCGUCCAGCGAGUCGGCGGGGUCGUGCUCGCCGGUGUCGCCGCUUGAGCCUGCGGCGGCAGCAGUGGACGCCUCGGUGAUAAUUGCGGGUGCCAUGAGUAGGAUGGAGAGUGGGAAUGGGAGCGGGAGCGAUACGACAACCCGUGUCGGCGCAGGCUCGGACAAGGAAGAAAUCACGUUGUACGAGCAUGCUGAACAAAGUAUGCCCUGGGAGGAGGACCUCAGCGGCGACGCCGAGUCGAGUGACGAAGACGGCUACUUCUCAUCGAGCCCGCGGUUAGGCGAUGACCUCCUGUCAGGCGCAAGACCGCCGCUCAUGCACCACGACACUGCACACCCUGCGCGGCCCCCUCUCACGACACGCUCGCGCUCCGAGUCUAGCUCAUCGACGACGUCAUCUUCAGCGGGUCCCUCAACGACCCCACUCGUACCUUUCUUCUCCUUUACGCGCACGAGCGAAGGCUCGUCGCUCACUGCGCCGGUCUCCCUGCUGGCGGCGCUCUUCCCGCCGAACGAGCGGGACAUGGUGAUAUGCAGCGAUGAACUGUUCAACCUCGACUCAAGGCAGGCAUCCCCAGAGGGGGAUGUUGACGAGGAUGACGAGGACGACGAGAGGACACCUCAGGGUCCGCUUAGGUGUCUGCAGAUUGACUUGCGAAAGUUCGGACUAGACAAGCACGGUCUAGUGAACCGCUUCUCGCGCACGCUCGAGGAGAACGGGAUCAACCACAUGUACAAUUCGACCUACAAGACCGCGAACCUCCUCGUCGACAAGGCGCACGCGAGCCGUGCGCAGGCGCUGCUGCGAUCAUGCUGA